GAUCCAUUAUUCAUUGACCAAGAAGUCUUGUCAGAGGAAAUAGUCUCAUAUUUCAACUCUGAGACCAGUCAUGCUCCCAGUGUGAGCUGCUGAGAGACUAAAUGAUCCUUUCGAUGGCAGUUUUGACAGGUGUGAAGUCCGGGGCUGGACAGAGGACGCGUAAAGGGAGUCUGUCGUGGCCCGUUUCCCUCCUGAUGCUGGCUGCCGUCACAUCGUCCUCUCUUUCAGCCUUGUCCCUGUACCAGCUGAUGGCUCUCAGAGCUGAGGUAGAGGAACUCAAAUCAGAGGUCCUUCGUAAGAGACAAGAGGGUCAAGAGGUCAAGCGUGGAGCGCAGCCUGAGAAUAUAAGGAGUAGCAGCCAAGAAAUCCUACAUCAACCUGAGGCUCCGUAUGGUUCCUCCCACAUGAGAAGGAAGAGAAUGGUGGCUGCAACAGAGACACGAGUUUUUCAGCCUUGUCUACAGCUGUUGGCGGACGAUGACAGGACAACCUUCGCAAAAGAAUUUGACUUGGAGCCGCACACAGGUAUCCCGUGGCAGACUGGACUGAGGAGGGGCUCUGCCAUGGAGGCAGACGGUGACAGCAUCCUGGUUAAAGAGGAGGGCUUCUUCUUUGUGUACAGUCAGGUCUAUUACAUGGACAAAAUUUUUGCAAUGGGACACGUGGUGAUCCGGAGGAAGAGGAAUGUGGUGGGUGACGAGCCUCAGUAUGUGAUCCUGUUCCGCUGCGUCCAGAACAUGAAUCCUGACUACCCUUUCAACACCUGCUACACAGGAGGUAUUGUGAAACUGGAGGUUGGCGACCACUUGGAGAUUCUGAUCCCCCGUCCCACAGCCAAUGUGUCCCUGGAUGGAGAAGCCACCUUUCUGGGUGCCGUCAAAUUGGCUUAAAAUGUGUGUCACCUCCCUUUGAACGCAUGGGACGCUGUUGUCUUGGGGAACAGGUGCCAAAUGGGGAGGAGAGUGGGCAACAAGGAACAGUUCUGUGUCAGGAUGCUGGACGGACAGAUGCAGGAAGUAGAGUUUUCUGUACUCCCUGUGUGACUCCUUGCUUGUGGACAAGGAGUUGACAACAUAGUCUUUGCAUACAUAUACUCAAGAUGCACCUUAUAGCUCUGUUUUUAACACUCAGCAAAACAACUAUUGAAAAGUUGUGCCAUAAUAAAGUACCCUUUAUGCACUGA